CACACUUUGCGUUUCUGUGGAACCACUUUGCAAAAAAAACAAAAAAACGAAUUUUGUCUUUUCUUUCGAAGAAAUAAACCAUGACCUGAUCCCAGAAUACAUUCUUAUGGAACAGAAAUGAUGCAGUCGCGCAUCGCCUGUUUUUUGUUUUCCUGUCAAUGAAGAAGUCUGUUUUUUGAUUUUUGUUCCCCCCUGGAGAUCUGGACAUCAUGGAGACAUUCACUAUACACGACAUGCUCAUUAACAGCACGGACAUCUACAAACUGUUGUGUGAAUUCGCCUUCAGGAACAUGUCCGAGUGCGAGAACGCGAGCGACCCGACAAACUUCUCACCUUCCCUGGAGCCUAAAGCAGAUAUAAACCAGACGGUGCGGAUCAUUCUCUACUGUGUGAUCUUCCUGCUGAGUGUUCUGGGGAACAGUUUGAUCAUCACAGUGCUGGUGAGGAAUCGACGCAUGCGAACCGUCACCAACCUGUUCCUGCUCUCUCUGGCAGUCAGCGACCUGAUGCUGUGCGUGUUCUGCAUGCCUUUCACCCUCAUUCCCAACCUGAUGAAGAACUUCGUCUUUGGCAGCGGUAUUUGUAAAGUGGCCACCUACUUUAUGGGUAUCUCAGUGACCGUGUCCACGUUCAACCUGGUGGCCAUCUCUCUGGAGCGCUACAGCGCCAUCUGCAAUCCACUAACAUCGCGCACAUGGCAGACCAAAUCUCACGCCGCCAAGGUCAUCAGCGCCACGUGGCUGCUGUCCUUCCUGCUCAUGGUGCCGUACCCAAUCUCCAGCACGCUUGUGCCCUAUCGCCGCACCAACAACAGCACGGGCAACAUGUGCCGCCACAUCUGGCCCAGCGACAUCAUCCAGCAGUCAUGGUACGUGUUCCUGUUAUUGAUCCUCAUCCUGGUGCCAGGAAUUGUGAUGAUGACAGCAUAUGGGCUAAUCUCUGUUGAGCUAUACAGAGGAAUCAGGUUUGAAAUGGCGAACAGAAAGGCAAGCCGAGAGAGACAGAGCAGCACAGGAAGCCUAAAGCCCAGUGAGUGUGAUGGCUGCUAUCUUCAGCCCUCCAAAAAGAAGCGCUCAGAUGCAUCCAUCAGUCAGCAGUCGGCCCUUCUCGUUUCCAGCAGCAGACCCAAGCUGAACCGUGUAUGCAGCAACAGCCCCACAGCCAACCUGAUGGCCAAAAAACGUGUGAUCCGCAUGCUGUUGGUCAUCGUGGUGCUCUUUUUUCUCUGCUGGACACCCGUGUUUGCGGCGAAUGCCUGGCGGGCGUUCGACAAGCGCUCGGCUGACCGCCUGCUCUCCGGAGCUCCCAUCUCCUUCAUCCACCUGCUUUCGUACACCUCCGCAUGCGUCAACCCCAUCAUCUACUGCUUCAUGAACAAGCGCUUUCGUCAAGGCAUGCUGGCCACAUUCCCAUGCUGCACCGGGCAACCCGAGAGAGAGGGCCGCGGCAGCGGGCGCCUUAGUGCCGGAGGAGGUGCAGGAGGAGGUGGUGCGCUUGGAACUCUGGGAUGCGCUGUUGGAGAAGGGAAGGAGAACACACAGUCCAGUGGUACACUCACCAGGCUGACCUCCAGCAGCGUCCGCGGGUCAGCACAGGCAUAGCGACCUGAAAGAAGGAGGUUUGUAGGACUUAGUUUGAAUCUGAGAAUUUUCUUUUUCUGGAAUGCUGGAUUUUGAUAAGAUUGUUAAGUGAGAAACAAACACUUAUUUUUAAUCUGUUUCUUAAGAGGAGCCUCUUUCUUUGUUUUACUUUCAAUCCUGGCGGCUUGAUGGCAGUUUUCGGAAAAGGACUUAUAACCUGAAAAAAACCCAGCAUUAACUGCGAACCAAACCACUCACCGAUAUAUAAGACAUUAAGCCUGCAUGCGCUGGUGGAUAAGAACAUUGUGAGACUGAUGUUAGACUCCAGUGUUUAAAUUUGAAUUCAUGUCACUGGUGAGUAAACAGACACAUCAAAUGGAGCAUGACUGUGCAUGGCUGGAGAGUGGCUCUAGUCUGCAUUAGGCACUGACUCGUGUACAAGCCUUUUAUAAAGCAUAGGAGUUGAUGGAUUGAUCCUGGCCCAUCUUCAAUCAUGCGCAGAUAACGAAGAGAGGAUUCUUUUUGGUUUUAAGGAGCUGAAAUGUAUCUGUGCAUCGAUAUGAUUUUAUCCUCUGUGAAGUUUGAUAGGUGUGGAACCACUCAUCUAGCAAAAACGAUAAGAUAUGGAAAAACUUGAGUUGUGUCAUGGUAUACUUAGUUCUAGCAGAGAAAUAAACAACUUUGACACCAGUCUAGCAGUUUCUUUCCCCUUCACUGGAUGGAUAUACUGCACUCAGCCAUUUUCACAUAAAACUGAUGACUUUAUCUGAUUUUUGGGUGUUAGGAAUAAAUAUUGCAGCAUUAAACCUCCCACCACUAGAUGUAGAUUCGGUGGCACAAUCCAGCUACAAGGCACUGAGGUUGUCCAGAUGCUCAACGAAAACACACAGCAAACACUUUCCGAGGCUGUACAGACCUCCAGUAUAGCCGAACCACGUGCAGUCCCUUCAGUAUAAUGUCAAAUGAGUAUAUCCAGAAGCCACUUUAAAGUUCUAUGUACAUAUUAUUAGCCAUGCAUAAUUUUCUCUUUUGGGCUAUUUUUCAGAUAAAAAAAAAAAAAACACAACUCACAAAUAUAACAGCAUUUGCAUCUGUUUAUAUGUAAAUACACUGAAUCAUCCUGGCAAGCCUGCAUUCCUCUGUAGCUACAAUCUAUUGUCAUUGCCACACAAAUAUGCAGAAACGUGUAAAUAAAGCUUCGGUCCAGUUCAUUGCUGACGCUCUUUGUUCAGCUUCUAUGUUCAGCAGAACACCAACAUUUUUUGCUAAGGUACACAGUAAAUUCUUUAUCCAAAUACUGCGUGUUUUUUGAACCUGUACAGAUUGUACCUUUUAUUAGAUCUGCCGCCCCCCUUUUCUUAUCUUACCAUGAGACUUUUCUCACCUGUGAGCAGCACGAGACGCAUCAAGCCAAGGCCUGUCACUUGCACCUGGACAUUUACCUCUCAAAAAGAAAAAUGUAGCAUUUUGUAUGACUUGCAAUUUUUGCUGAAACAUGUUUUAUUUUUGUUUCCUUUGUUGUAUGUAGAAUGCUUGAAAUAUAUCGCAUUACUUUGUGCAUUCGGAACAGUGUAAUUGCUCAUGUAUGGAACACUGACCAUAAUAAAGGCUUGA